CCACCCAUUUCAGAGUACCACAUAUAAUCAUAUUUGAUCAAGUGGGAGAGUUUUAGGGUGAAGGGUUGGAGGAAUAGGAAACUCUUAUGGUUAUACGUAUUUUUAGUAAUUUUUCCUUAAAAAUUAACCAGUUAUUAAUCAUUUGGCGAUGACCCAUGUCAGGUUGAUUAAUUUUGAUUUUUGGGUUUAGAGACAGAAAAGUGAGGUUCAAAGAGGAUGGUAGGAGAACCAGAGCAUACCCAAAAUCCAUGGACGGAUACUGAGAAAUCCUCAGCAGAAGAAAUGGGAGCUUCUCAUUCUCAGCCUCACCAUUCCUACAACACAUCUGAUGUCAAAUUGGGUUUCCACGUGCGAAGCCUCUCUGCUGCUGGUGCAGCAGUGCUCUCGGCAGUCCUUGUCAACCCACUAGAUGUUGUCAAGGCAUUUGUUUUAAUCUUUUGAAAAUUUCAAUUUUGUAAUUGAUUUUCUUUUGUUUUUGUGAUUAUGCCCAUUUGUAUAUUCAAGUUAUUAUUUUCUUUAUAUUGUUAUUUAGCUAUUUUGUAAUGUUUUCUGUGUGAUUGUUGGGGAUUCAUGCUUAGUGUUUUACAUCCUGUAGGUUUUGCUGGUUGCUCUUUUGUGUUUCUUCUUUCGUCCAUAGAUACACUGCUGUUGUAUUAUUUGCCAAGUGUUAUUUCUAUUAAUUCACAGUGUAUGCUUUUGUUUUCUCUAAACAAUGUUGUUUUUAUGAUUUUAAUCAAUGGAAAAGUAUAUUGUAUUCUCUGUGUCUUCAUCUUCUAUUGUGUUUCCUUCAUUCAUGUAAUGGAAUAUAGAUGAACUUGUUUUUGUGUGCACCAUUUUAAUAAAUUCUUCAUGGUACAAGUAUGAUGGUUUUUUCCUGUUAUCUUUAAAUACUAAGAUGUAUAUUAAAUUUGAUUUUUAACUUGGGUUGAGAAGGUCAUGGCAAGGGAAGACAUCAUGGUUGGUCAUUUUGGUGUUGGAGAAUUUUGGUCUGAUCUGGUCUAAUCUAAUCUUAUCUAAUCCUCCUCGGGUCUCGCCAUGGCUUCUAAGCGGAUCUUGAAGGAACUCAAGGAUCUCCAGAAGGAUCCUCCUACAUCUUGCAGCGCUGGUCCAUUGGCCGAGGACAUGUUUCACUGGCAAGCAACAAUUAUGGGUCCUCCAGACAGUCCUUAUGCUGGUGGAGUUUUCUUAGUUGCCAUCCAUUUUCCUCCAAAUUAUCCAUUCAAGCCACCUAAGGUGGCAUUUAGGACAAAGGUUUUCCACCCAAAUAUAAACAGCAAUGGAAGCAUAUGCCUUGACAUUUUGAAGGAACAGUGGAGCCCUGCACUAACCAUUUCCAAGGUUACUAUUUUGUACCCUAGAGCUCGAGCUUAGAAAUUAGAACAAGCCAUGAUUAAAGUGACUGCAUAACAGCAUUGAGUUUAAGGUGGUGAUUUUUAUAAUAUAUGAACUAGUAAGCUCCAUUGAUCACAUUAGUGAUCAUGCUCUUCCUCUCGACUUCUAUCAAGAAAAUUAUUGUUUGUGAUCUAGAGGCUGAUAUUUGGGCCUCCAUUUUCAUUUUUCUUCUUUAAUUGUCAUUCUCUGUUAUUAAGUUUUUUGAUAUAUUUAAAAGAGGGUUUCAUGUUCAUCUUGAAUUGAGUAAAAAUGGUUCUCUACAUUUUUGGUAUUGCUCUCUAUCUGUUCUUUGCUGACGGACCCAAAUCCAGAUGAUCCCCUGGUGCCAGAGAUUGCUCAUAUGUACAAGACUGACAAAAACAAGUAUGAGACAACUCCAAGGAGCUGGACCCAAAAGUAUGCCAUAGAUUAGGCAUUCUAUAUUAUGUACUCGGGAAGAGCCUCUCUUUCUAAUACUUGGUCUUUCACUUCUAUGUAUGAAUGAAAUUAAGACUUGCCUCUUGAAUCCUAAAAUGGACAAAUGGAGGGGUUCGAAACAUGCCAUAAAAGGAGGGAAACACACAAAUGUUGCUUUUAA